CAUUGCAUAAAAUCAUCUUGUUUUUUUAAUUUAUUUUUACUUUUCAAAGAUCUUUCCUUGAAAAAUUCGAAAUGAUGCACCAAAAAUCGAAAUUCUGAGGUGUGUAUGAAUAACAAACAUAACACACACGAACGAAUUCGACGAUGAAGGGGGAAAAAUUUCUGUCUUUUCCUGUAUUAGGAGUAUUAUCGUUGAUGCUUUUUGUUUAUUACACAACAAUCUUCAUCUUCCUCGAUGAAUGGCUCGGUUUACGCACUUCCCCUGGAACCUUGAAUUUCUUCUUCUUCACUCUCUUCGCUUCUCUUUCCCUUUUCUCUUUCUUUCUUUCCGUUCUCACUGACCCCGGUCAUGUCCCUUCUUCCUUUUACCCUGAUGUUGAAUCUUCCACAGAUGCCAAAGAUAAUGCAGAACGGAAGAAAUGUGACAAAUGCUUUGGAUACAAGCCUCCAAGGACUCAUCAUUGUCGAGUCUGCAGAAGGUGUGUUUUGAAAAUGGAUCAUCACUGCUUGUGGAUAAAUAAUUGUGUUGGUUAUUGGAAUUAUAAGGCUUUCUUCGAUUUUAUAUUAUAUGCCACCAUAUCAAGUAUUUAUUCUACGGUCCUGUUUAUAAGCUGUGUACUUCAGAAGGAAUGGGGACACACCAUAGAGAGUUCUCUUAAGCUCUUCUAUGUCCUGUAUGGAACGGUGGUGGUGGGUUUGACCAUAACCCUUUUGAGUCUUACUGGAUGGCAUGUCUACCUUAUUCUUCAUAAUAUGACAACCAUUGAGUAUUAUGAAGGAAACCGUGCAAAAUGGCUGGCUGCCAAGACUGGACAGAACUACCGGCAUCCAUACAACAUCGGUGCAUACAAAAAUAUUACAUUGAUUUUAGGUCCAACCAUGCUGAAAUGGUUAUGUCCUACAGCAGUGAGCCAUCUGAAGGAAGGAGUUAACUUCCCUACAUUACGUGAUAAUUCAUAAACAUUUCUGGGUCGGACCAAGUACUGAAUCAACAUCUCAUACCUAUUGGUCUUGAAUUGACGAAUUGAGAGCUCCUUCAUCCAACUGAAUCCGGAUCUCAGGCAACGGUUUAAAGAAAAGUGGCAAUUGGUUGAUCUUAUAUGCAAGCAUUAAAAAGUAAGCAUACAAUACCUUUAUAGACCCCUCUACCAAAAAUGAUUAACUUAAGGUUUUUUGCCAGCUAGGCUCCAUCAUAGGUUGUUGAAAAUGUGGAAAUGUUAUUUAGAGAUCAUGUAAAUCAGGUGACACAAUUUUUCUUUGAUUUUAUUCAUCAUAAUCAGUUUUUUUAGCA